CCCUGUGAGCAGCAUCGCAAAUCAGUCGUCCGAGCAGUGAGCACCGCUGGUGCGGAGGGAAGGGGUGGAAGAUAAAGGGGAAAAGCUAGGAGAGGAAAGGAUAGGUGAAAAGGAUGGAUGGGGGAUCCUUUCAGGGAGAACAAGUAUUGCUGCAGUGGAAACCGUGCGAAGAGGACUGCAGUUUCUGGUGCUGAUGGGAAAGCGGUCGAGGCAGGCACAUCGUCAAGGCACUGUCAUUUUAACCCCAAGUGCCUGUUUGGUGAAGGGGUUUGCCCAUUGUGGAGAACAGGACUACGCAAUUUACGGUAGUGCUGGGACUGAGCAGCCUUAGUGAUGAAGUUUAACUUGUUCAAGCAAGAAACAACGCCUAUGGUCGCAGCAAAACCAACGGGGGCCAGUGACUCGACUGUUACUCCAGCCCCCGUGGGAUUAGUCUCCGCUGGAAACGCCACGGAGCCAGUCAACAAGAACGAUGCCUUUGAUGAGAUCAAAAACAAGUUCCUGAAUGAAAUCGACAAGAUCCCACUGCCAUCCUGGGCCAUCAUUGCCAUUGCCGUGGUCGCUGCUUUACUGAUUCUAACGUGUUGCUUCUGCAUCAUCAAGAAAUGCUGUUGCAAGAAGAAGAAGAACAAGAAGGGCAAGAAAGGGAAGGGUGACAUGGGAAUGAAGAACUUAAAAGGAGAGAAACCUCAGGAUGAUGAUGAUGAAGAAGAUGAUGUUGAGCCAGGCCUAACUGGAGAUGAGAAAGAGGAAGAAGUGAAGGAGAAGGAAAAGCUUGGGAAGCUGCAGUACUCCAUUGAUUAUGAUUUCCAGGAAAACAAGCUAACAAUAGGAAUUCUACAAGCAGCUGAUCUCAUCUCUAUGGACAGUGGAGGCACUUCAGACCCCUACGUCAGAGUCUUUGUCCUGCCUGAUAAGAAGAAAAAGUUUGACACAAAAGUACAUAAGAAAACACUCAACCCAGUCUUCAAUGAGACAUUCAUUUUUAAGAUACCAUUCACUGAAAUGGGAGGGAAGACUCUGGUGAUGGCCGUCUAUGACUUUGACCGCUUCUCUAAACACGACAUCAUUGGAGAGAUUAAGAUACCCAUGAACACGCUGGACCUUGCAAAACCAAUUGAAGAGUGGAGAGAUCUCGACAGUGCUGAUCAAGAAGAGCCAGAGAAGCUUGGUGAUAUUUGCAUCUCUUUACGUUAUGUCCCGACUGCUGGCAAACUCACCAUCUGCAUCUUGGAGGCUAAGAACCUAAAGAAAAUGGAUGUGGGAGGACUAUCAGAUCCCUACGUGAAAAUUAACCUGCUGCAAAAUGGAAAGAGGCUGAAGAAAAAGAAGACGACAGUAAAGAAGAAUACUUUGAAUCCUUACUACAAUGAGUCUUUCAGCUUUGAGAUUCCUCUUGAGCAAAUGCAGAAAAUCCAAGCCGUCAUCACAGUGCUAGAUUAUGACAAGAUCGGCAAGAACGAUGCCAUCGGGAAGAUUUGGGUGGGAAGCAAGGCCACGGGGGCUGGGCUGAAACACUGGUCCGACAUGCUGGCCAACCCCCGCCGCCCGAUUGCCCAGUGGCAUCCGCUGCAGCCAGAGGAAGAGGUGGAUGCCUCCCUAGCAGCGCUGACUGCCAAGAAGUAAAAUAAUUAAAAAAAAAAAAAAAAAACCUCCACCCGCCCCCAUACUUUCCUACCUUUGCAUAUCCAGUUGUUUCACUCAAGUCCCACAUAUCAAUGUAUAUUCCAGAAGAACACCCGAAUCUGCUCCCUCCAGCACAUUUCUGUCCCACAGCCAUCAUUGUAAAAGAUCCAUAGAAACUAUUUGAUAUGAUGGGAAAUGUAGUUUAAAAAAAUCAUAUUAUAUUAAGUCAUGUCACUAAAAAAAAGAAGACAAGUUGCAGGAUGGACAGCUACUCAGUCAUUUUUGUUUUAGAUCUAUUUUUAUAUCGGAGUUGUGGUUCCAUUAUUAAGCUUACAGAGUAGACUAUAACAGGAGUGUAAUUUGGGAAUCUGGUGAUUUAGAGGGAUGACACGUACAUUCAUUCAUAUUCUACUUCUCACCCUUUUUCCCUUUAGUGACAAAGUUUGCUUAGAAUAGUGCUUAACAAUAAAAUGCUUUAUACUGCCAUAUGAUAGAGAGACAACACAAGCAGGUCCAUUCCGUAGGUGUUUUGUGCACCAUAUCCCACACCUGCCAGUUAUCAUCCUAGAUGAUUCUGUUAGUUGGAAGUACAUUCCUAGAGUUGGGUAGCAAAGUAGGGAUUAGGCCCAGUUACCCACAAACACUGCCUUUUUGGAUUAGUUACCCUUCCGCCCAUCGUCUCAGGAGAACUGAGAGGAAAACUCCAUGCCUUUUUUUUCUAAACGGGUUCUUAUUGUUAGCAGUUAUACAGCGUGACGAGAAAAGAAAAUGUGACACUAAAAUUGUAAGAAUUCUGCUGACCUUAGGCUUAUGACUGAAGUUAGUUAAACCACAAUUUAUUGAGUUAUAUGGAGAGUAUGACAGAUAAAUUGCAAAAAAAAAAAGUGUGCUUGUGUAUUUUAAAUUGUGUUGAAGAAAAAAAAAAAAAAACAACGUCUGUCAUCCGUACUACAAAAAAGUUUGGAAAUACCAGUGGCUACAAAAAGAGAGACUGAUCCCAACCACAGCUGACAUUAUAUUUACAAGGUGUCAAUAACUGCCUACAGCCCUCGACGUUCCCCUCCCGACAUCCGAUUCUGUAUAUCACUUGUUCAGUGUUACUGCCAUUAGUCAUGAACUUGACACAAGGGUUUUUACUUCAAAGGAAUCCCUAUAACCGUCUUACAGUCAUAAAGGAGACAAGCCUUCCAAGUAACAAAAUAAGCAAUUUUCAACUACCAGGGACGCCUUCCAGUUAGAGGUGUUGUUCUCUUCCUUUCCUUUUUUUUGUUCUACUUUUUUUUCUACUUAAUAAUUGAGUUUACCUUCAAACACUUUUAUUCCUUAAGCACUUUAAUUGCUAAUGUUUUGUGUACAUAUGCUCAGAAGUCAGAGCUUUAACAAUUUAGGGAGAUUCAUUUUGUUGCUUUUGCUUCUGCUUACUUUGGCCUCAGCCUAUAUGUGUGUGUGUGUGUUUUGAAUUGUUUGAAUUACGAUUAUUUCACUUGAUUGCAAAAAGUCUGGAAGAAAUCGCACUGAUCCUUGUGUAUUUUAUGCACAGCUUACCAAACUGUCGAUUAUGAAUUGCACUAGCAAGUAUUGUUCUGUUAUGUGGUUCCUGACACUGUUCUUAGGUGUGUGUUUUUCUUUUCCUGAGAGAUAUAGUGUGAUAAAAUUGAUCGUUUCUGUGCCACACAGAGACAAGUCUUGUCUUGUGAAUGGAAGGGAAAAGAAACACAUUGAGUUCAGUGCUGCUUUGUGGUCUCUUCCCGGAAUGAAACAAUGCAGUAUAGAGAGACAAAGUCGGUUCCAGGUAACUGUAACUGAUUUUUUUGACUAAUUUCGACCCUUUCACACAUAAUGAUAACAUUUCUCAAAAUGUGGUUCCAGUUAGUCUGCUCAGGUGGGCAACUUUAUUUAGACUGAAUAAUUGAUAUGUUAUCAAAUAAUUAACUUUAUAUUCGAACUAUAAAUGUUUUAAAAAGCUGCUAUUGCGCACUUCUGACCACAUUUUUGACUGAUAUUGUUCAAAUAAUGACACUUAAAUGACACAAGAAACGACACUUCAACCAAUGCUCUCUGCAUAUUCCUGUCCAAUUCACCUAUCACGAAGCUAUUUCCUCUUUCAAUUUAAAAAUGUGUUUCUACAAAAACAACAAAAAUAUUCACCGUAACAAAAAGGAGAAGAGCAUCAUUUGUAAUCUUAUUGAUGAAGAAACAUAUUUACAAUUGUUAACAGUUACAAAUUUCACUGAGAUCAUUUGGCUCUUUAUAUUUGUACGUUUAGAUUCUGAGAGAAAUUUUUGAGCGAAAACCUCGACUUGUAACUGACAACACACUAUUAAAGCUCAUCACCCGUGAAUAAAGUCAAUUAAAUGUUAAUUAGGUUUUGUGAGCAUUUGGAGCCCUCUAUACUUUUUCACAAGAAAACUUCCAGCUUUCUCUAUAGCAAAUACAGGAACAAACACUUUAUUGCAUUUCUUUGGGG